GCGUAACCGGAAUCGACGACACACUUUCACGCCGUGUUUACUAACGGCGGCCGCCAGAGAAAUAAAGCUUCUCCUGCUCUACAGUUAGAGUUAGUUAUAUCAAAGACAAGUACAGAUACUUUCAUAUGGCGGAUCCUGCAGUGGUAUCGGGGGGUGCACUGAAUGCAGGAGGGCGUGGGAGUGGUGGUAAAGCAGCUACCAGCCCUGCAGAGAACUACCACCUGGCCCGACGUCGCACCCUGCAGGUCGUGGUCAGUGCCCUCCUGACGGAGUGCGGCUUUGAGAGCGCCGAGAAGGCAGCAGUGGAAACCCUCACGGAGAUGAUGCAAAGCUAUAUAACUGAAAUAGGUCGCUGUGCGAAAGCUUAUUGUGAACACACGGCCAGAAGCAUCCCAACCCUGUCUGACGCCGUGGUCACCCUCAUUGAAAUGGGUUUUAAAGCCGACACCCUGCCUUUGUAUGCCAAGAGGUCGCAGAGGAUGGUCAUAACUGCCCCGCCAGUGACGAACCCACCUGUGACCCCCAAAGCGCUGUCAGCGGGACAGAAGCGCACUCAUCCAGCUCACAUCCCCAGCCACUUCCCGGAGUUUCCUGACCCGCACACCUACAUCAAAACUCCCACCUUCAGAGAGCCCGUGUCAGACUACCAGGUUGUUAGAGAAAAGGCGGCGAGUCAGAGGAGAGACGUGGAGCGAGCACUGACGCGCUUCAUGGCCAAGACCGGAGAAACCGAGAGCCUCUUCAAAGACGACGUCACUGCCUUCCCACUGAUCGCGGCCCAACCGAGCACUAUCCCGUAUCUCAGCGCCCUGCUGCCCUCGGAGCUGGAAUUACAGACUCUGGAGGAGACGGACUCCUCUGAGCAGGACGACCAGACCGACGGCGAGAACGCAGGAGGGAACAUGAUCAGUGACGACCCAGGAGCCGACAAAGAGAACUCCAUGCUUCCUCCAAGCGCAGUCGUUCCUUCAGCAAAGGCCAGCGAGGACAACGUGAUCGACAACCCGUACCUUCGGCCAGUCAAGAAACCCAAAGUGAGGAGGAAGAAAUGAGUCCAACGUGGACCAACAGACUCCUGUUUGCCACAGUGGUUGCUGCCGUGAGCCGGGACCAGCGCUGCUGUGGCCUUUUUGUAAACCGACUUCUAUUGAAGAGAGAAAUUUCCUUUUGUCGUCUUAACUAUAAUAUUUUCUUCAGCAAGCACUCACUUUGUUAAAAUGUUGUGUAAUGCCACUUUGUAAACAACAUAAAUGUGUAAUAUACAAACCAUACAGUCAUUUUGAGAAUAAAGAAAAAUAAAUGUAUUUUUCUGUUCACUUUUCAAUC